AUGUCCUGGCAACGCAUCUGGGACGUGAAGGUCAGUCGCGCAGACGGCAGUGUCAAAAACGGGACAGUCGUCGGUGGCCGGGACGAGAAGCGUCGGGUCGAAAAUCGAGUCGUCGAAAUCGGGACAGGUAUCGAUACCAUCGUCGUGAAUACCAUCUUGAAACAUUAUAUCUUGAUCGUCUUGAAAGGUGUCGUCGUGAACGGCGUGAACAGUAUCGUCGACGCCGGUAACACCUUGGGCAACGUCGUUGCCGAUCCCAUCGGUGUGCAUGGGGUCAGUCAGACCGGCGCCAGCGGGAAGAUUGCGCCCUCGUCGGAAGCGGUGGCGGUGUCAGUAGCGGAGUUGUCGUCGUCACACCAUAUGUCAGCAGCACCAGCAACAGCGUCGUCCGAGGCGCAGUCGUCGUUGUCGUCGUCAUCGACGUCACUGAAGAAUUCGCUCGCAACGCUCAGGGCGUCGUCGUCUCGCGCCGUCACCGCGCUCGAGGCCGUGCUGCUCACCGGCGAUGCUGGCGGCAGCGAACCGCUGGACAUGGCGCGGUCGCGCGCGAAGAGCGAGAAGAUGUUCAUGGCGCAGCAGAGUACACGCAGCAGACACAGUUGA